AUGAACCCGUUCGCAAAGUUACUUGUCGCGGCCGCCUUGUCCCGGGGGUGCCUGUGUAUCCAGGAGUGGGGCCGCCAGGCAGCAAGCCACCGACGUGGCGAUGCGGCGCGACCCAAUAUACUCCUGAUUCUCGCCGAUGACCUGGGGACAAAUGACGUCGGCUGGGUGAACAAAGACAACGCAAACGACAUCAGCACGCCCAACAUCGACUCGCUGGCGGCCCAGGGCGUCAAGCUGACCAGCUUGUACGUGCAGCACGUCUGCGGGCCCUCCCGCGCGGCGCUCAUGACGGGCAGGUACCCCUUCCACCUCGGCCUUCAGCACGCCAACAUCGUGGCUGAGCAAGAGAACGGCGUGCCGAGGAACGAGUCGACCAUUGCCUCUGCGCUGCAGGCGCUGGGCUACACGACGUACGGUGUGCUGGCACCUCGGGAGCUGGAGCAGGGAGCUCAUCCCCACGAAGAGGGGCUUCGACAACUGGUACGGAUUUCUGUUAGGCGCGGAGGACCACUUCAGUCAUGA